AUGUCUUCUGUUUGGGUGAAACUUUGUGUUCUGGCAUUUGUAGCCACAGUUGUUUUUUGUGCAUGUCCAAAUAAUUGGAGUCAUUAUGAAGACAAGUGCUUCUUUUUAAGCCGCGACAACGAGACAUUUGCCGAUUCACUGAAACUGUGUGAAGUGAUUGGACGCCAAUAUGGAAGAUCGGCAUCAUUAGCUACUGUUGAUGAUGCGAAAACACAACAGUUUCUUACAGAUUUAAUGAUCAAAAUAAAUUCCAUUGGAAUGUACAUAGGAUUAAAUGACCUUGUAACUGAAGGGACAUUUCACUGGGUAGCCAAUGGCAAGCAGGCAACAUACUUUAACUGGGGACCUACCCAACCAAAUAACAGAGGGGGAAACGAAAACUGUGUAGCUAUGCGAGUUGAUCCAGUUAUAGGCUUCAAUUAUUCGUGGACAGAUGGUCCUUGUACAGUUCCAACCACAUACAUAUGUGAAAUGGUGACAUAUACAAGCAAACACAACCUACCGUCUCCAUCAAGUCGUAUAUCUGCUGCAAAAGUUCAGCAACAGCAGUCUCAAGCAGAAACUACAACUUCAUGUUCAUCUCCAAAUAUCCUUACUAGAUCUAGGCUAUCACAAGAUUUUUUUGUGUUGUAUCUUUUGUUAAAACAAGACCUUUAA